AUGUCAUUAAGUUUUAUCCAGAAAGACAAAUCAGUUCAUUCAAAGACUUCCAAGAAGGUUACCAUUAACAUCUCUCAUAUAAGAAAAAUGGUUGUAAGCUGCAACUUCAGGAGGCUAGGGUCGCCAACUGUCGCUGCCUUAAGACUAAAAUCAGGCAAGGCUUUAAAGAAGCUUAAGUUGCUCAAGGAGAAAAAUAAUCUUACGGCCAAGAGUAAACUCAGAAAAAAUCAUUUCAAAUUCAACAAAAGGGCUAUUAAGAAUAUUCAUAAAGUGGAUCUAAGCAACUAUAAAAAUAAGAAAGCUGUCUCAAAGAGAACAAGAGCUAAAUGAAGAACUCUCUGCAAGGAAGAACAAGUCGUUGACAAAUGCUCACUUAUACAUAGAAAACUACUGGAGAAAAUAAACACAAAGAUGGAGCUAUCGAAGUACUGAAAUGGUAGAUUUUUCUCUCCCCAACGCUUGCAAAGGAAAAUAAUGAGUCCUGUGAAUAUGAACAGAGCAUUAAGAAGCCCAAAAGCCCAUAGGUUCGAUGAAACAAAGUAUCUCCCUGAGCUCAGCAUUCAAAGCAUUUAA